AUGCGUUUCGACAUUGUCAUUUAUGGUGUUACCGGAUUUACUGGAACUUUUAUUCUGGAAAGAUUGGUAAAAUCCAAAGAAUUCGAAAAUAUUUCGUAUGCGGUCGCUGGACGAAACGAUGAAAAAAUAAAAGCGGUUCUUGAAGAGAUCACACAAAAAACAGGGAUCAAUGUGAAUGAGACUCCAAUAAUACAUGCGGAUUCGUCAAUUGAAGAAUCAUUAAAUAAUAUGGCUAAGAAGGCAAAAGUGAUCAUCAACGGAGUUGGUCCAUAUAGCUUAUAUGGCGAGACGGUUGUCAAAGCAGCAGUUUCGAAUGGCGCCAGCCACGUGGAUAUUUCAGGAGAGCAAACGUGGAUCGAAGAAAUGGCUUUGAAGUACAAUGAAGAUGCGAAGAAAACGGGCUCUUUCGUGGUUUCAGCUUGUGGAUUCGAUUCGAUUCCUGCGGAUCUCGGUGUCAACUAUUUAAAGAAACAUUUUAAUGGGGAUCUAAACGAUGUUGAAGCAUUUAUAAGAAUUUACAGUGGACCAGAGGGUUAUUCAUUAAAUACAGGGACCUACAAUACGGCAAUAAUGUUUAUGGGUUCAUUUUUCUCAAAUCGUGCCAAAAACCUUCCGGCUCGUUUAAUGCCGCAAUCAAUUCAAAAAAACGUUGUUAAGCCAAAAAUGAGAAUCCCAAUAUCAAGAGUCGAAAAGGAAUUUCUCAGUGGAGCCGUGUUUCCGUUUAUGGGCUGCGAUAAGCCAAUCGUUAAACGAUCUCAAUAUUACGACGCUACUGUUAGAAAUAUCCGACCGAACAAUGGACCAAGCGAACGUCAAAUGAAAGAGUCCUCAUUUUCCUACUAUUUUAGUGGCCGCGGCUAUGAUGAUAAAUUGCCUCUGGAUCAAGAACAUCGAGGGAACCCAACGAAAACUAUGAUUGUCUCAUGCAAAGGUCCGGAUCUUGCGUACGCGGCUACUGCUGGAUGUGUACUCUCAGCAGCUCUCACGUUGAUAAAAGACACGGACAAUCUUCCGAAGGAGUUGGUUGAGUUAAUCGAAAACACCGAAUGA